CUCCAGAAAAAGGAGAGGUGGUUUAUAUGACCCGACCUGAUGGUGUUUCACAGGGUUUCCUGCAACUCACAGACACUCAAACUACUCUAUAUUUGUCCACAAAGCCCCUGGAUAUUUACUGCCACCUUUAUAAGAUACAUAAGAGAAACACUGCUAAUGCUACUGUUACUUGGGAAGGAACACAGAAUUCUAUUCUAACCUGGAUGGCUUUUAUGUAUGUCUGUACUUAUGAGAAAACCAUGCCUAGAAAUUAUGCUGAAUCUUGUAGAAUAUUAGCGAAUGCUGUACCUGUUUCUGAACGCUCUAUACUAUUGUCUGAAAAAGGAUUGUAUUUUAUUUGUGGAAAUGCUGGACGAAAGGUUAUACAUGUAGAGUGGAAAGGGUUAUGUUCAUUUGGUACUGCUGUUCUGGAGUUGGACAAACGAAAGACAAUUUCUUAUCAUCAGGUUUUGAAUUUGGGAGGUCGACUACCUAGGGCUGUUAUAACCCCUACUCAAACAACUAUUGUGAAUCCUCUCAUAGGAGAGACCCACCCCUGGUGGGGAACUUUUCUUCGAGCAUUAAUCCCCUUCUAUGGUGUUGCACAGAUUGAAAAGGCAGUUAAGAAUUUGUCUGCCAUAGUAGAAGAUGGGUUUCAGUAUACUGCUCAUGCCGUGUCAGGAAUACAAACAGAGUUACACUCUUUGGCUGACAUUGUUUUGCAGAACAGAAGAUUAUUGGAUCUCCUUACUGCACAACAAGGGGGAACUUGCGCUAUGCUGGGUGAACGCUGCUGUUUGUAUGUUGACAUGUCAGGAAACAUUACUACUGAUAUUACCCAAUUAAGACAUGCAGUUCAUCCCCUAGACCGUGUUGCGUACACGGAUCCUUGGGACCAUGUUUUUGGAUGGCUUCCUGGCCUGGGUUGGGUGCGCAAUAUAGUUGGCAUAUGUGUUCUGAUUGCCGGGCUAGGACUCUUUGUUUGCUGUUGCAUGCACUGCAUCCCUCUUCUCCUCUCUUGCACGUCUUCACUUGCAUCAUGGAGAAGACGGUCAAGGCGCCCAACAGGUAUUCCCCUACGUGUAGUCACCUCUGCCACAAAUUCUUCUGCGUCUCCAGUUCUCACUAGUCUGCUUUAACGCACCCUUCCAAGUUUUCAGGGUGCAUUUGAAAAGGGGGGAUUCUGUGAGCGCAGAAGAAGAAAGUUAAAAGACAGUGUGUGCAAGAGAGAAAAUAUAUGAAAGGAAAAAGGAUUUUGGAUUCAUAAAAGGAAAGACAAACUUUUCUUUCCCUCCAUUAUUUUUCUUAUUAUGGGGAGAUGGCAACCACAGAAGAU